AGAAGAAGAAGAUUCAUCUGAAGAUGUCGAUAAAUGUUCAUCUGAAGAAUAAGCACAUGAAGCGGAUUUGAAUAAUGUUAGGGUUCAACAUGAACAUUUUGAAGACCCAUGUUUAAUAAAGAGUCUAUUUUUGGGGUCUAUAAGGUGGGCUAUGAUUUGAAUGGGGAGAGGAUGCCAGAGUUGAGAAGUGGAGCCAGAAGGUCAAAGCGACUUGGAGAUCUUCAGCCUGGUCCUGUACCUGUUGAUCAAGGAGAAAAUUGGGUACAGCCUGAACCGAACAGAUGUAGGAGGAGAAUUGGUGGUGGAAGAGGUGGUAAUGCUACAGGUUUAGGUAAAGGGUCUUCACCAGCUGUUCCCAUUAGGCGACCUACAGCUGGUAGAGGCCACAGAGCAAGAUUGAUUGAUUUGGAUCCUGAGCCUUGUGAGGUCCUUCCUGAUCCUGUUGCAUUUGGAACCUGUAGCUAAUAAUAACAUUGUAAUGGAGGGUGGAAGUGGUGAUAAAGUGGCAGCAGCCGCCGAAGAAGAGGCAACCAUAAACCCUGUCCCCGAGAGGGUAUCUUCUUCGUUGAACAUUUUUUCUCUUGCAUUGCCUUAUUGUGUUUCAAAGAUAU